AUGGAGGCUGGGGCGCAGGCUGACAUGAUGAAAUUAGAUGAGGACCGGCCGGUGCGGCCCAAGGAGCCGCGAUGGGAGCCGGCGACGCAUCCUCGCGGCGACCAAGCGAGCCCCAGUCGGAGGUACUUUCCGUUUAAGAAUGAAAUCGUCUUACCUGCCAGUUGUUCUGAACGCGACUGGAGCGCUCACCAGCAACCGCCCGAUGAGGUUCAGUUCCUUUCCACACUGGCGCACGCGCAAGACGCGGCGCAGGACGCGGCGCAAGGGGCGUCAUACGGGCAAAGGGCGUCGCACGCGCAGGAGACGCCAAACGAGCGAUGGGUCGCGCAAGAACCCCGAGCGCCGCAAAGCGGAAGCAGCGGCGGAAGCGGUGGCGUCAUGCUCUUCGGAUGCAACAUUUCGGUUUCGCCGCCCGCAAGCCGCGAUUUCCAGAAUCCGUGCGGCACGGCGGAGCAGGUGGAACACCUCGACAGUCUGGCACAACGGCGCGCUGGCAGAGCAGCAUCGUAUUCCACCCGCGAAACCGCAAUUUCGUCAAAUCCUGCUUUGGGGCGCAGCGCUUCCGCAAGAAUAUCGACGCCUGCUGGCGUCAUGUCAAUCGACGACCGCGUUAAUGACGACGCCGCGAAUGCCCCUCAGCUCCCCACCUCGAACUCCUACCCCACAGCUCGAAUUCGCUCGCAACACAAUGCGGCCUACUACACACUAGCGACGGAUUCGGCAGCGGCGCAGCCGGGCGCUAAACUCGCUUCUGCCAGCGCGUCGGCGAACCUUGGGAUUGCCGACGGGAGGUCUGCGCACCCCUGGGGCGUCGCCGCAGCAAAUCGCACUUCCGCGGAGAUAAACCCUGCAGACGUGGCCUUUGCGCGCCGCCUGCUCGAGACGCAUAUACGGGGCGACGACGACGCGACGUUGGAUAGCGCGACAGACCCAUCAAGACUCAGCCAUACACGCGAGAUGCUGUUUCAAGAGGCCGCGUCGCGAUCAGCGACGGAUUUCCGCGAUGCCUUCCCGAGCCUCGCCUGGAGCGGCGACGCGCUGGACAGCUCCGUCCGCGCAGCGGAAAGUCCCUCCCCCGCAGGAGAGCGGCUGCGCUUGGUCGUGCAAGCGCUCCAGGACGAGCCGCCGUCGUUAAACCCAGAGCCUAGUGGAGGAGCAGCAAAUGCAGCAGCAGAAAGAAGUGGCUUUGCGUUCGGUAGUUGGCCCUACACCCCUGCCGCGCUUCAAGCCUUGCUUGCUGCGCACGCCGCCAACGCCGCGUCACCGCGUGUUGCGGCUACCGCGCCGCCAGAAGUCCGGGCGUCUGCGGAAGUAGCACUAUCAGGCAACCCGCAGGGUGCAACCGGUGUCGCCGUGCAAAGGGGACUAACCCUAAACCCCCCGAGUGCCCGGCUUGACCCGCCGGCGGUCUUUCCACCUGCGGCGGAAAGCAUCCGCAGGGUCGAUGCGACGACGACUGCGGGGGAAGCAGCACCGCUGAGGUCCAGCCCCACGCGGCGGAAUGCAGGGAACGACCGCGGAGGUGCUAAUACUACGGGGGACGGAUCAACAAGUGCGACGGGUGGGGCGCUCUUAGGGGAGAUGGGCGACGGGGUGAGUAAAACGGUGUCGCCGCGGCGACGGUUUCGCUGUACGGUGUGCGACCGUCGAUUCUCGUCGGGGCAGGCGCUAGGGGGGCAUUCACGCAUGCACGCCAUGCAGCAGCGCGCGCAGGAGGAGAUGGAUCGAUGA